GCACCGUCAUAAAUUCGCGAAGAAAAAAAUGCAACCAGUGUUGCGGAUCAGAAAUCAAGGAAAUUCCUUGUUGAUGAAAGUACAAAGGUUUCCUAAAUAACAGUUUAUCAACAGAUGUAUUGGAGCCUCUGGACAACUCACAAUUAUUUUCAUAAUUAAUUUCGAUCUUACUUGUGAUUUAUAUUCCGUGGUUUUGAGUGAAGUUGUAUUCCCCUUGGAACGUUUGCUGCAGAAAGGUACCGCUGAUACUGAGGAAGAAUGAGGCUGGUUCUCGUGUGUCUCCUCGUUGUUUUAUUACUGGAUUCUUCCCUUGGGAAACCAAAAUCACAAAAAGGAAAGAAGAAAGCUCCAAGACUAGAUUUCAAUGCGUUAUUUCGAUAUCUUCUGAAACAUUUUCCCGCUACUCCCAAUCUGAAGCAACUGUUCGGGAAACAACCGAAACCAAAUGCCCCGCCCCCCUCAGGGACAACUCCAGCUCCUGCAACGACUACAACACCUGAGAGCAAAAAAGACGUAACCACGUGCCGGGAGGAAUUCCGAGACAUACCUGGCCACACAAUGUGUAUGCCUGACAAUGUCAACGCGACACCCAAUCAGUGGGGAGUGUCCGAGACAGAGAAAAACGACAUCGUCAAGCAACACAACAUGCUGAGGGGGUCAAUCGAACCCACAGCCACCGACCUGCUCACCAUGAAAUGGGAUGAUCGUUUAGCUGAAGUUGCUGAAAAGUGGGCUAAACAAUGCGUCAAUCAGCAUGACAAAGUCCGAAGUAUUCCGACGCUAGGUUCUACGACUGUCGGGCAGAAUGUGGCCGGGGGACAGCCAAAUUGGACGGUAGCCAUCCAGGCCUGGUGGGACGAGAUACACCUGUGGAAAUACGGACCGGAACCGGACACCUAUCUAGGAUACAACGGGUGGCUUAAGGUUGGCCACUUCACACAGAUGGCACAGAAUGGAACCUAUUUGGUAGGGUGCGGGUUUGCUGUUUGUGAAAACGAAUAUUACAAGCAUUAUUACGUCUGUAAUUAUGCCGCUGGGCAGUCGGACUUGGGUAAGCCGUAUACACUGGGAGAACGCUGUAGUAAGUGCCCCAAGUUCUGUAAAGACGGUCUUUGCGACUGUGGAGACAAAAAGUGCAAUAAUGGUGGAACUCUAAAUCCUGAAACUUGUGAAUGUGAAUGUAAGAAAAUCUUCUUUGGACCUUCAUGCGAUAAACUCGUUUGUCCGGAAGAAGACUUGUGGAUUUGUGGGAGAACAUGGACCCCCGAUCUGUGUGAUAAGUUCGGCAACCUUCCUUAUGACUGUCCCUAUAUGUGUGGGACGUGCAAAGCAUCUGACGCAAUCAAGGCGAAGGAAACGAGCAUUUCUAAGUCUGGAUUUACAUCUACACACGGCUGUAAAUAUUCUGGAAAAAGAGCUAGCGCAGAGGAGUGUAAGAAGUACGGGGAGAAUGGACAGGACAAAUCUAUGUGCGACAGUAGGGGCGGAACCGUCACCUGUAAGCAGUGUGACCAGUUCUCCAACGUCAGGUCGGAAAUGUGUCCCGUAAUGUGCGGGCUGUGUGACCCUCCAUGUAACGGGAAAGUAUGCAGCAACGGAGGAACCCUAGACUCAGAGACGUGUGAGUGCGCAUGCGCUCCACCAUACCAGCCACCAACUUGUGAUGAAGCCGAUUGUAGCAAGCCCGACAACAAAGCCUGUCCGGCCUGGCCGAAAGACUAUUGUUCCAAGUAUGCUAAUGUCCCAGAGAAGUGUCCCAAGAAGUGUGGAAUCUGUCCCUAGUGAAGGAGACUUAUUCGUCAGUGACGAAGUCACAAUUAUACAUGCUGCUCCUUUAUGUUGAAGAAUUUUUAAAGUUAUAUCGCACAAUUUGAUGUUUUGUAUCGUUGAUUGUAGAUGUUUAAUAAAAUAUAACAGAUAAGCA